AUGGGCGUUAUUGGCGAUGUUAAGGACACGCUGUCCAAGGCGGUGUUUAAUCCGUCCAGCCUGAUGUCCGGGCGAGGCGGGCUCCACAUGGCUCAGAUCGUUCUGUGUCUGGUCACCUUCGUCCUGGGAUUGUUCAGAGGAGGGAGCAGCCAUACCUACUGGAUCUACGCCAUGUUCACCUGGGCCUUCUGCCCCAUCAUGACCCUCAUCAUCACCAUCAUCGAGAUGUUCGGGCUCCAUAUAAUCCUCAACAUGUUCUGCAUGGACUGGGAGGACUUCACCACAGGGAUGGCCAUGUCCUCCUCUCUCAUGACCGUCUCCGUCGCCAUAACUUACGCCAACUUCUACGCCUGCCUGAAAUGCCUCUACGGCUGGAUAGUGAGCGUGUUCGCCUUCCUGUGUGGCUUCCUCUACAUGCUGGAAGUGGUGAAGGACAAGUUCCUGGACAAGAAGAAAGGGAGCUACCUGGCAGCUCUUCCCGGGUUCUGCAAGGUUCUGGAGGCCUUCGUGAGCUGCAUGAUUUUUGUGUCUCUCACCGGUUACAGAGACAAGCCAGCGCUGAUCUUUUGUGUCAUCGCGUACAUCAUCCCUUUCCCCAUCCUGCCUCUCAUCAUAGCCACCAACAUCUUAAAAAAACUGAAGAACUGUUUGCCCUUUAACCUGGACAGGUUUGUCUUUAUUUUCCUGGUGAUCUCAGUUGUGCUGUACAUAUUCACAGCCAUCAUGUGGCCCAUUUUCACGUUCAGACACAACCCACGUCCCAGCGACUGUCCCCCCAGCUUUUGUAUUUGGGCCAUUCAGUUCAUGGUUGCAUUUUUUACUUAUGUGAAUCUCAUCCUUUUUACAGUGGACCUGAUUUUUACACUUCUCGGCAUCUGUGGCUUUAAGCGAACAUAA